AUGUCUGGUUCUAAACUCAUUCUUGUAAUCGGUGCCACUGGUGCUCAGGGCAUAGCUGUCAUCGACGCAUUGCUUUCAUCAGCUUCAGAUGGCUCACCUUCUCCCUACAGUGUACGCGCUUUGACCAGAGACCCGUCCAGCCAAUGCGCACAGGAGCUUGCCGCUAAGGGAGUCGAAUGCGUCCAGGGCGCGUUCGACAAUCUCCGAAGCGUAGCUGCUGCAUUUAAAGGUGUAUACGGCGCGUGGGUGAACACCGACGGGUUUACUGUCGGCGAACAGAAAGAAAUUUACGCUGGUCUGAAAAUAUUCGAAAUCGCGAAACGUACCCCGUCAGUGCGCCACUAUGUGUGGAGCAACUUGGAUUACGGCUCGAAGAAAUCCGGUUAUAGCCUGGAGCACAAGUGCGAACACUAUGACGGGAAGGGCCGCGUUGCAGAGUUCAUGAAACAACAGAAUUCGGGCGCAUCUGGAAUGACUUGGUCAAUCGUGACAACCGGACCUUACUUUGAGCUUCUGUAUACAUUGUGUGGCCCGUUCAACAAACGUGCAGACGGCACCUUUGUAUUCGCAUCAGUCGUACAAGAUGGUCACGUACCUUUCAUCGCCUUGUCUGAUCUGGGCUGGUGGGCACGUUACACUUUCGAUCACCGCACCGAAACGUCUGGAAAAGAUUUGGAAGUGGCGAGUGAUAUGGUGGGGUGGGACUACCUCGCUAAGACGUUCACCGAAGUCACUGGACAUCCAGCUAUACACAAACGCCAAAGUCAGGAUGAGUGGUGGCUCAAUUGGCACGGGGCAGAGAAGCCUAUAGCCAACGAGCGAGGCACAACACCCGACGGCUCGACGUCAGGAAAGGAGAACUUCUCUUCCUUCUGGAGGUUGUUUCGAGACGAUAUCAUCAAAAGGGACUUGGGCUGGAUCCGAGGCACUCACCCUACGGGACAAACGUUGGAAAGUUGGAUGAGAGAGAAGAACUAUCAAGGUGCCCUUUGGCUUGCCGAGACGGCCGGGCCAGUCCUCAAGAACGACCAGGACGGCAAGAACAUCUUCGUGCCUAACCUUGAUGUGAUGUCGCAGUUGUGA